AUGGGGGAACAUAGUUAUUUUAACAAUAAAAGAAUGUACAGUGAUGUGGAGGGUGAAAAUAGUGAUAACGAGAAUCUCAAAUCUAAUGAUUUCGACUUACUUUUAUUAAAUGAAAUUAAAAUACUUGAGUGUAUCUACAAUCCAAAAGCAAAACAAAAAGAAAAUGUACGUCAUGUUUGGGAAGAUAUAGCUAUAUCACUUGAUUCAAAUGUCGACAUUCUUAUAGGCUCAGGAGAAACCUUGUUCGUUUUGUCCAUUGGCCAGGUCCAUUUGUCUCGAGAUCAAUACGACGUAUACCUCCAGAAAACUCUGUUAGGUUGGGUUAUUGUUGGGGAAACGAACCCAGACCGCGAGGCCAAAGCUACCUGCAGUAUAGUGAAGUUGGACACACAAUGGACGAGGUUUUGGGAAUUGGAGGAGAUUGGAAGUAAAUUGGCGUAUUCUUCUGAGGAGAAAGCAUGCGGAGAACAUUAUGUCAGGAAUGUUAAGCGUACUUCAAGCGGAAGAUACAUGGUCAGGUUACCCUUUAAAGAAGUAGAUCCUCAACUCGGAAAUUCGCGGUCGAAAGCGUUUCGACAAUUGCAGGCUAUGCGACACCGAUCUAAAGCAAACCCCAAUCUUCAACUCGAAUACACAAAGGUUAUGCAAGAAUAUAUAGACUUAGGUCACAUGACAUUGACAGAAGAUAAGGAUGCUGGGGGAUAUUGUAUGCCCCAUCAUGCGGUUGUCAAACCAUCUAGUAUCACAACAAAGACUCGCGUAGUCUUCAAUGCGUCUUCCAAGACCGAUAAAAAUCUCUCGCUGAAUGAUGUGCUCAUGGUGGGCCCUACAAUUCAACCAAAACUCUUUAACCUCCUCCUCAGGUUUCGCGCUCAUACUUACGUCAUUACUGCGGACAUAGAGAAAAUGUAUAGACAGAUUUUAGUAGAUCCCCGGGACCGGUCGUACCAACGAAUUCUAUGGGUACAUCAGGGUAGAAUUGAGACUUACGAGCUGAACACGGUUACCUUUAGAGUGUCGUCUGCUCCUUUUCUAGCAAUUAGGACGAUUCAUCAGUUAGCAGAGGAUGAAAGGGCAAGUUUCCCUAGGGCUAGUGUUAUCUUGAAGCGGGAUUUUUAUGUAGAUGAUCUACUUACUGGGGCAAAUUCGUUAAAGGAGAAUUUGCAGAUUAGGGAUGAGUUAAUUUAA